CUCGGACGCGCGCGCACGCUCCCCGCCCCCAAUCCGGGAGCCGCUGGCGGCCGGCUCCGCGCCUCAUCGCCGGGUGCAGCGCAGCUCAGCGCGGUGCAACACGACUGCCUUUCUGCAGCGGAGUGGUCGGGGCUGUUCAGGACAAAGGUGUGAACAGACUACUGGGCUGACUGGUCCAUCAUGGCGGAGAAAGUGAACAACUUCCCACCGCUGCCCAAAUUCAUCCCGCUGAAGCCAUGUUUCUACCAGGACUUCGAGGCAGACAUCCCUCCUCAGCACCUCAGCUUGACCAAGCGCCUCUACUACCUCUGGAUGUUGAACAGCGUCACGCUGGCCGUGAACCUGGUGGGCUGUCUCGCGUGGCUGAUCGGAGGCGGGGGAGCCACCAACUUUGGCCUCGCCUUUCUCUGGCUCAUCCUCUUCACACCUUGCUCCUACGUCUGCUGGUUUCGGCCCAUUUACAAGGCCUUCAAGACAGACAGCUCCUUCAGCUUCAUGGCCUUCUUCUUCACCUUCAUGGCCCAGUUGGUCAUCAGCAUCAUCCAGGCUGUGGGAAUUCCAGGCUGGGGUGUCUGCGGCUGGAUUGCCACCAUCUCCUUCUUCGGGACGAACAUUGGCUCAGCGGUGGUGAUGCUCAUUCCCACGGUCAUGUUUACAGUUGUGGCCGUCUUUUCCUUCAUCGCCCUUAGCAUGGUUCAUAAGUUCUACCGGGGCAGUGGGGGCAGUUUCAGCAAAGCUCAGGAGGAAUGGACCACUGGUGCAUGGAAGAACCCACAUGUGCAACAGGCAGCCCAGAAUGCAGCCAUGGGGGCUGCACAGGGUGCCAUGAAUCAACCGCAGACGCAAUAUUCUGCCACCCCCAACUACACAUACUCUAAUGAGAUGUGAGCCAGCCAAGCCCACCAGGAGGCAGGGCUGGGGGCCAGUGGGACAGGGGGCUCAAGCCACAUCAUCUGUGUGGUGACCAAGCAGGGUUCCCCCUUCCCUUUUCUCCUCCCCAACUUUGUACAAAGAAUCAGAGUUAUAUAUAUAUAUAUAUAUAUGUAAAUAUAUAUGUAUAUGUAUAUGUCUAUCCCCUGCCCCGACCUUUUGGGUCCUGCUCUUGGCACCUCGAGAGCUGUGGGCUGCACAAGGAGUGGUCCUGUGCACUAGUGGCCGAGUCCAUGUCCCCUCGUGAAAUAAUGUGCAGUGGCGAUCUCUUGUUGUGGUGCUAGAUGUAUGUUUAGAACUAAACCAGCUCUCCCUUCCCCAGUCCACCCGGCUGCCCCCUCUGACCCUGGCCCAGGGACUCCUCACGGGACAGGGGGAGGCCUAGCAGAGAGUCUGGCACCCUGUGCAUGGUUUAUGAGCCGAAGUUAUUUCCCCCCUUUGGUCCCAUUGGGAAGCAACAGUAUUUAGCGUUCAUGGUGAUGAGUAGGUUCUGGAGGGUUGGACAGAGUGGAUGUUUCUUGCCCCCUAUAGUCCUCCCCUCAACCUCUUUCUCCCCUUGUUUCGUCCUCACUGUUAGACUCUUUGUGCUCUCUUCCCUAGCUGGCUCUCCCAGGAUCUUUCUCCUCUGCGGGUAGCUUUUCUUUGUCUUCCUAAUACUGAGUGUCUCAGUUAUGUCUGCUUCCAAGACUGCCCAGGUCCCCAGAUCUGAUCUGAUCCCCCAGUUCAAGGAAGCUGACGUGGGAGCUGAGCCAGCCCUGAUGUGAAAGGGCACACAGCUUGCAGAUGGAGAGCCUGUUUGGUACUUGAUACCCAGGGAAUGGAAAUGUAGGCCUUUCUCCUUGGUUCUGAAAGCCUGGCCUGCAGAGGCAGGCUUCUUUUCCCUCUCCCACUCCUCCCCUUUCCUCCCCACAUCCUCCUUUAGCCACUCUGCAUUUCCCGUGGAGCUGGGCCAUGUUGACUGUAAGGGCACUGUGGGAACAGA